GGGUAUUUUGUAACACACAGUAGAUUGCUUGUUCAUUGUGGUUUAAUAAUCCACUGACUCCACCCAUCUGUACAAACACACAGACAAAUUUCUUCCUUGUUCAUAAAGGGAUUGAACAGCACCUCAACACACAGGACAAUGAGCAAACUUCCCAUACAGGAACCUCUGAUAUUAUGAACUGCAGCACUGAACAGAAACAAUAACAACAUCAGGGGAUGAAAAAAUGGCGAACAGGGAAGACAGAAAUCUCACAGAUAUCAGAGAUGAGGUGAGGAUUGUGCUCUUGGGUAAGACAGGAGCUGGAAAGAGUGCCACAGGAAACACAAUCUUAGGAAGAGAAGCGUUUACAUCAGAUGUAUCUCAAGAGUCAAUAACUAAAGAGUGUCGAAGAGAAACAGCUGAAAUCAACAACAGAUUCAUCACUGUGAUCGACACUCCAGGACUGUUUGAUACUGAACUGAGUCAUGAAGAGAUUCAGAGAGAAAUGACCAACUGUAUCUCCAUGAUUCUGCCUGGACCUCAUGUCUUUAUCAUUGUGUUGAGUUUAGGACACCGUUUCACUGAAGAAGAGGCAACAACAGUAAAAAUCAUUCAAGAAACAUUUGGUAAAAUGUCUUUCAUGUACACCAUGGUGCUCUUCACAAGAGGAGAUAAUCUGAAGAAGAAAACUAUUGAAGAGUGUUUGGGAAAACCUGGAACUCCCUUAAGAAACGUCUUAGAAGAGUGUGGAAACAGAUAUCAUGUGUUCAAUAAUACUGAGACUGAAGACCGCACACAAGUUUCUGAUCUACUGGAGAAAAUAGAUCACAUGGUGACAGAAAACGGAGGAAGUUACUACUCAUGUAAUAUAUUCAGAGAGAUGGAGAGAGAAAAACAAGAACAACACAUGAAGAUAAUGAUGGAGAGAAUUGAACAACUGAGCAGAGAGAAACAAGAAGAGAGAGAGAGAGAAUGA